UGACUGUCAAAUUAAGAUAUUUUUAAGUUGUAAACAUUGGACCCGACCGACUAGCAUCCAAAAGUGAUGCAUUUUUAAACUUGGGCAAGUUUUUUUUCGUGUUUUCAAAAAUCAGUUGGGCAAUACAAUGAGCAAAUUUACCAAACCCACCCUGUCAUUUAAACAGUUCAUGCUCCGACAAGAGGUGUUAAAGCUGUACCGUGAUAUUUUUCGUUCGAUUCGAUUCGUACCGGAAGAGUCAAGCCGAAAUGAUUUAAAACAAUGGACCCGAUCGGAUUUUCGUGCGAAUAUGCAUCACACGGAAGAAUUAACCAUAAAAAUGUUAUUACAACAUGGUCAACGAUCACUUAAAGAACUAAAAACUAAUUUAGAUUUAAGUGGCAUAGCACCGCAAUCAAAUAAAGAAAAACCAGCCGGAAAAUAGCGAGGAUAAAAUCAAAUGUGACCUAUCUGACGUAUAAUUUAUUAAUAAAAUUGUAAAAAGUAAUAGAAAAGUUAGUAAAUGUUGAGUUAUGAUUGUUUGAAAAGAAAAUGACACGUUUUAUUUUGUAUUUUGGUCUUAAACAAUUACAGGGUUUUCUU